AUGGAGGAUGAUGCUGCCCCCUAUAGGGUGAUCAAGAUCGAGUCCGAUGACGAGAGCGAGGAUGACGACAAGAGUGAGGAUGGCGACGAGAGUGAGGAUUUUAAUACCUCUAAGGAAGAGACCAUGGCGCUUUCCAUAUGCGAAUACGACACACAACCACCAGGAGCAAGCACAAUUGAGCAAGCGAGCAGCGCGCAGGCCGAGCUCAGCCUCGAGCUCACCCUGGCCGCCGACGUGGGUGUGGUGCCGCCGGAGGCAGGCUUUUUCCUCUGCGUCUACUGCUACCGCAGGUUCCGCACCUCGCAGGCACUCGGCGGCCACCAAAACGCGCACAAGCAAGAGCGCGCCGUCGCUAAGCGACGCCGGGAUGCCGCCGCCGCGAUGCGCCCCUCCCCUGCCAGGAAGGCUGCUGCUCGAAUGCCGGAGGAGCCUGCUGGUGGUGUCAUGGCGCACAAGGACGGCAGCAGCUGCCGGGAGAGCGACCCCGAGCUGGACUUGUCUCUCCGUCUGUAACAGGUCGGCCGAAUGAUCUCUGCUAAAAUCCUUGCUCCACACCCCUUAUUUCCAGUGCUAGGUACGUACUCCGUACAUCAUAGUCCGGCUAUUUGGCGUGAACUCUUUGUUCCAAUAUCCAGUUGGGUAUAUAUACUAUGAAAAAAAGCUCAUGUUGAGCAUGCUUUGAAUUCA